AUGGCUAGUAAUGAGAAACAAAUCAAAGCAAGAGGAAUACUCUCUAAGCAUGGCUGUUUAAAUGUAGCAGUCACAGGGAAGUCGGGAGCGGGGAAAUCUAGUUUCAUUAACGCAAUUCGUGACCUGAAGCUUGGGCAGCAGGGAGCUGCCAAUACUGACGUUAAAGAAUGUACAAAAGAUAUCCAAUCUUACCAGAUACAAGAAAACUCACAUAUUGUAUUUUGGGAUUUACCGGGUCUAGGCACUGAAACUUUCAAACAAGAAAACUACACCGAUCAGGUCAAUCUUUUGGAAUACGAUUUCUUCCUCAUAAUAGGCAGCGAACGACUGACCGAAAACGAUAUAUGGCUGGCCAAAACAAUGCAAAAUCACAAAAAGAAGUUCUACUUUGUUCGGGCAAAAGUUCAUAUUGAUAUAAUAACCGAAGUAUGGAGUCGACUGAAUCCACGUAGUAAGGACCAAAUUUUAACUACAAUAAAAAAUGACUGUUAUGUAAAUCUUCGACAGCAUGGUGUAUCAGAGGAUGACAUAUACCUUAUUGACAAUUUUACGCCGGAGCAAUACGAUUUUAACCGGCUUAGAACAAAACUUUUAGAGGAUGCAUUGCAGUUCAAGAAGACAUACCUCACUUCAGAAUACGUACAAAAAGAAAUAAUCAUCCGUCACAGAAAGAAAGUACUCUUGGAAAGGAUUAAAAAAGUCGCAAUGGAGACCGCUGCCACUUCGUCUAAGCCAGUACCUGAAUUAGGAGCAUCUUUAAAUAUCGCGGUUCUACUAAGAGAAACAAAGUACCUAACAGAACAGUUCGAACUGACUGUCGAAUCAGUUGCAGGAAGUGAAGACUUGAACAGUUUGCAUAGCGCUGAGCUUCAGGAACUAAUUGAACGAAAUAGUGUAGACAUUGUUUGUUCUGAAAAGGGAAUAAUAGAUGUUUGCAAAGAUACUGAACUUUGUGAAAUCAUUGACUUACAGUGUGCGAUGCAACAAAGAACAUCCGAAGUUUCGGAUUCUUGGUCCUGUAGGAUAGCAUCAAAAUACCUAAAAGGAACACUUGAUAUAAUAUACGAAAAUGCGGUGAAGGUCAACAAAGAAAUUUUCCGUUUUCAGUGCAAAAUCUUGUAUUAA